UGUACGCCCUCGUCUACUGAUUUACUGCCGAUCCGGCGUGCCUGGGGCCACCGACGCUGCCGGACUGCCUGCUGGACCGCCCAGCCGGCCCUCCGCCCCAAUCCAGAGUGACCACUUCGUUUUUCCUCGCCAAUAAUUCUGCCCCGAAAUUAGAGUUGCGUCUCCCCUGGAUUCGUUUCCUCUUCUUUUCCUCCGCCGCCGCCCUCUGGUCCUCCUCCUCCCUCUCCUUCCCUACCCCCGUUGGAGACACUUUUCCGGCUCAAUUGAUCGCCCGACAUGGCCACCAUCAAUGGGAGCUUUGUCUCCCCCUCGGCUGAUGCUGUCGUCUCUCCCAGGCUCUUCGAGCCCACCGGUCUCCUCGCCUCCGUCCUCGAGGGCUUCACGGUGUGGAAGGCCUUGUUGACUUUGUUUAUCGGCGCCGUUAUCUACGAUCAAUUCCGGUACCUCUGGCAGAAGGGCUCCAUUGUCGGCCCGGCAUGGAAGCUGCCUUUCAUGGGACCUUUCCUCCAGUCGGUCAACCCCAAGUUCCACGAGUACAAGGCCAAAUGGGACAGCGGAGACCUGAGCUGCGUUUCCGUCUUCCACAAAUUCGUUGUUAUCGCAUCCACUCGCGACAUGUCGCGCAAGAUCUUCAACUCGCCUACCUACGUCAAGCCUUGCGUUGUCGAUGUUGCGCACAAGCUUCUUGGUGCGGACAACUGGGUCUUCCUGGAUGGCAAAGACCACGUUGAAUUCCGUAAGGGUCUCAACGGUCUCUUCACGCGCCAGGCCCUCUCUUUCUACCUUCCUCGCAUGGAGGAGGUCUACAACGAUUAUUACGCCCGCUUCCUGCGAAUCUCCAAGGAGAACAACUGCAAGCCCACUCCCUGGAUGCCCGAAUUCCGUGAGCUCAUGUGUGCCGUGUCCUGCCGUACCUUUGUCGGCCACUACAUCACCGAAGAAGCCAUUCAGAAGAUCGCCGAUGACUACUACAUGAUCACUGCCGCCCUGGAGCUGGUCAACUUCCCCUUCAUCUUGCCUUACACCAAGGCCUGGUACGGCAAGAAGGCCGCCGACAUGGUUUUGGCCGAGUUCUCCAAGUGUGCCGCUAAGAGCAAGGCCCGUAUGGCUGCCGGCGGAGACAUCUCGUGUAUCAUGGAUGCGUGGGUCAAGGCUCAGCAGGAUUCUGCCAAGUACCGUGAGAAGCUUGCCCAGGGCGUCCCCGUUGACACCAAUGAGAAGCCUCCCCAGCUCCUGCGUGACUUCACCGAUUACGAAAUCGCCCAGACCGUUUUCACCUUCUUGUUUGCUUCCCAGGAUGCCACCAGUGCUGCCUCGACCUGGCUGUUCCAGCUCAUGGCUGAUCGCCCCGAUGUUCUUGACAAGGUCCGCGAGGAGAACCUGCGCGUUCGCAACGGUGAUGUCAAGGCCCCUCUGACCAUGGAGUUGCUUGACAACAUGACCUACACUCGUGCCGUGGUCAAGGAGACUCUGCGCUACCGCCCUCCCGUCAUCAUGGUUCCCUACUUGGUCAAGAAGGAUUUCCCUAUCACCGACAAGGUCACUGUGACCAAGGGUUCCAUGAUCAUCCCCUCGGUGUGGCCCGCCUGCCACGAUGAGGAGGCCUACCCCAACGCUGACUCUUUCGACCCUGACCGCUGGAUUACUGGUACCGCCGAGCAGCAGACCAAGAACUGGCUCGUCUUCGGUACUGGACCCCACUACUGCCUGGGUCAGACCUACGCCCAGCUGAACCUGAUGGCGAUGAUCGGCAAGGCCAGUAUGGAAAUGGACUGGGAGCACACUCCCACUCCCGAGUCGGAAGAUAUCAAGGUCUUUGCUACAAUCUUCCCUCAGGAUGAUUGCCUGCUUUCAUUCCGUCCCCGCCCUUAGGCGUUUCUGCUGUCUUGCUGAAGACACCAGGCGCUAUAACGUCACGACAUGCCGGAUACCUGGCCUGCUGAACACAGACAAGCGCCUGCUUCGUGACUACGGGUGCCUUUUCUAUCCUGGUGAUAGAAUGGUUGCAGGCAUUUUUCCUUUUUCCUUCCCUUCUCGAAAAUGUAUCUACUUGUAGUAUUGUUUUUCUUUCCCCAGACUUCCAGUCUUGGACGUUGGGUGGAAGAUGCGGACCGUCGACCUUUUGAGGUGCGGCUACUGGCCUCUCCGUCCGGAGGCACCGACACCGAGGUCAGGGUGUCUGGAGUAUAUGAUAUCGAAACGACCCACGUCAGCUUCCACGAUGAGCGACGCAUUGAAGGGACAUGUCAUUUUUAGACCACGGUACCUAGAUUAAUCAUAAUAAUGUGACAUUUGAGCUAUUU